AUGCUGAUUUCCGAGCGUCGCACAUUUAUUACCCUUCGCGGGUACAAGUACUCCUUCAUCUACGUGCCUGCCAGAGACAGCAAGACGACGCUGCUGUUCCUGCACGGCUUUCCCUCGCAGGCCGAUGACUGGGAGCGGCAGGUCGCUUACUUUGCGCCGCUGGGCUAUGGCGUCAUAGCGCCGGACCUGCUGGGCUACGGAGACACGAGCACGCCCGACGCCCUCACGAGUUACACGUUCAAGGGCAUGAGCGACGACAUUGUGCAGCUUCUGGAUCACCUCAAGGUCGAGUCCGUCGUCGGUGUAGGGCACGAUUUCGGCGCCAACUUCCUCGGCCGUCUGGCCGCAUACCACCCUGCGCGCUUCCAGGCCUUGGUGUUCUUAGCUGUUGGGUCGGGCAAGCCUGCGCAAAAGUUUGACGUCGAGGCCAUUCAGCAAAUGACGAGAAAGAUGUCUGGCUUUGUCAUGUUUGGGUACCUGUCUUGGCUCGGCGGCGAGGAGGAUCCCCAUGGGGUUCUGGAGGAGCACGCCCAGUCGGCCAUGAGCUUGCUCUUUGCGGCGGACAACAGCGCCUGGAGAACCUGGUUGCAUCCUUUGGGCGCCAUGAAGCAAUUCGUCACUGAGGAUAAGCAACUUCCUGUGGGAAAGUGGUACACACUUGCCAUGCAGGGUAGGCACUUGGAGGUUUUCGGGGCCCCGGAUGGCUACAGGGGCGCGACGCGUUGGUACCGCAUGCUCGUGACAAAUGCCUCCUUGGAAGAAGAGGAAAGCAUCGCAGAGACGAGACUGGAGCAGCCAAGCAUCAUUGUGGCUGAUGCACAGUCGAUGCCACCGCAGAUGGGCAUGCUUGCGGAGUGGGUGCCGAACCUGACGCCAAAGGAGCUGAAGAGCGGUCACUGGACACACAUUGAGUGCGCCGAGCAGGUCAAUCAGAUCAUUACCGAGCAUAUUGAAGCACUUGGGGCCAAGGAACCUGCUGAAUCGGAGUGA